AUGGUGUUCUAUCCGCCAGCAAGUGCAAAGAAGCUUCCCCAGGUACCGGAUAGUAUACCAAUAUGCGAUUUUAUGCUGGAUGAGAAGAAUGGCCGUAUGCCGUUUGCCUCCUCGAGAGAUCCAUUUGUCUGUGGCCUUACGGGCAGAACGUACUCUAUAGCCCAGGUUGUUGAACGGGUCGACGUUCUCUCUCGCGCGCUGGCAAAGGAAUUCGGCUGGCAUCCAAACCAAGGGUCGGAAUGGGAUAAGGUGGUGGGCAUCUACAGCUUCAACUCUAUUGACUAUCUGGUGCUAUGCUGGGCUAUACAUAAACUAUCUGGCAUUGUGAGCGCGGCAAACGCGGCUUACUCUGCUCCAGAGCUGGCCCAUCAGCUUGUAGAUUCUCGCUGCCAGGCCCUGUUUACCUGUGUUCCCUCCUUGCCUAGUGCAUUGGAGGCAGCUGAGAAGGCUGGCAUUCCAAAGAGCCGGGUGUAUAUCAUCGAUUUCCCCGGUGAAUUCACCGGUUCGGCAAAGAUCCCGACUGACUUCAAGACGCUGGAGCAGUUUAUCACAGAAGGAUACUCCCUUGAACCUCUGGAGAAGGUCAAGUGGGCUCCUGGUCAGGGUGCUAAACAGACUGCCUUCCUGUGCUAUUCAAGCGGGACAUCUGGCCUACCGGUAUGGGAUACCUGUCUAUUCCCGUUCAACAAAGGAGUAAUGAUCUCACAUAGAAAUGUGAUUGCAAACACUAUGCAAAUAAAGUUGAGGGAGCAACCAGAACGAGAUGGUCGAGUCAAGAACGGAGGGGCAGCCACGACCGUUAGCCUAGGUUUGCUGCCUCAGAGCCAUAUCUAUGGACUAGUAGUCCUGUGCUAUGCUGGCCCCUACCGUGGUGACUCUCUGAUAAUUCUCCCCAAGUUCGACAUGGCACAGUACCUGACCGCCAUCGAAAGAUAUAAAAUCAACACUCUGUACCUUGUUCCUCCGAUCAUCAUUGCAAUGUUGCGAAAUAAGGCCGUUUGUGAUAAGGUAGAUAUUUCCAGUGUAUCCUCCAUUUUCACAGGAGCCGCACCCUUAGGAAAGGAGACUGCAGAAGAACUUCAGGCCUGGAAGCCAACAUGGGCUAUAAAGCAGGGAUACGGCCUCACCGAAACCUGCACGGUGGUAUCAUCCACUGAAAUUUCGGAUACCUGGCUGGGCUCAUCAGGCUGUCUGCUUCCCGGCUUUGAAGCAAAGGUGGUCUCCCCUGAAGGCGUUGAAUUGACAGGCUACGACCAGCCCGGAGAACUGGUCGUGCGAUCCCCUUCUAUCGUCCUGGGCUACCUGAACAACCAGAAAGCAACCGCGGAGACCUUCCAGGACGGCUGGAUGCGCACAGGAGACGAAGUUGUAUUCCGGGUCUCUCCCAAGGGAACCGAACAUCUCUUCGUCGUCGACCGUAUAAAAGAGCUGAUCAAGGUCAAGGGACUGCAAGUCGCACCCGCUGAGCUCGAGGCUCACAUCCUCUCCCAUCCUGACGUCGCCGACUGCGCCGUCAUCCCUGUGCCCGACGAGAAGGCUGGAGAACUGCCCAAGGCCUUCAUUGUCCGGGGAGCUUCUGCUGCCGGCAAGGAUGAUGCUGCGCUCACCCGGUCGAUCCAGAGGUUCGUGGAGGAGCACAAGGCCCGACACAAGUGGCUGAAGGGUGGCGUCGAGUUCAUCGAUGUCAUUCCCAAGAGUCCCAGUGGUAAAAUCCUCCGUCGUCUGCUCAGAGACCGCGAGAAGGAAUCUCGACGAAAGGCGAAGUUAUAG